UUCACCGGUUCAAUAAUAGUAGAACUCCUCCGGCUCUCAGCGGACUGUACACGGUGUUCUAUCCGCUCACAGGGCUCUCCAGCACGGGCAUGCCCCACCAUGUUCGACUUGAACGGAGGCUGGAACCUGUCCUUCGCCGGCUGCGGGUUUCUGGGGAUUUAUCACAUCGGAGUGGCGAGCUGUCUGCUGGAGAAAGCUCCGUAUCUGAUCCGAGAAGCCACCAAGCUGUACGGGGCGUCUGCUGGAGCUCUGACCGCCUCUGUGCUGGCUAGCCAGGCUUCGAUAAUUAAAUGCUGUGAGGAUGUCAUCGAGGUCGCCAAAGAAGCCAGGAAGAGGAACCUGGGUCCUCUUCACCCGACGUUCAACCUCGUCAAGGUGCUGAGGAUGGGGCUGGACCGGGACCUGCCGUCCGACGCUCACGUCCUCGCCUCAGGACGGCUUUGCGUGUCUCUGACUCGAGUGUCUGACGGGGAGAACGUGCUGGUGUCGGAGUUUAAGUCUAAAGAGGAACUCAUACAGGCGCUGAUCUGCAGCUGCUUCAUCCCGAUCUAUUGUGGCCUGAUUCCUCCAUCCUUCAGAGGAGUGCGCUACGUGGACGGCGGGAUAAGCGACAAUCUGCCGCAGUCAGAGAUGAAGAACACCAUCACCAUCUCUCCUUUCUCCGGCGAGAGCGACAUCUGCCCCCGGGAUAACUCCACCAGCUUCCACGAGCUGCGCUUCACCAACACCAGCAUCCAGAUGAAUCUGGGCAACAUGUACCGCAUCAGCAGGGCGUUGUUUCCACCUGAACCUAAGGUGCUGGCUGAGAUGUGCCAGAGUGGCUAUAAAGAUGCUCUACGUUUCCUCGAGGAGAACAACCUCCUGAUGCAGCAGCAGCCAACCACAGGCCCCACCCUGCAGGAGAGCCAGCCCACCUGCUGCUGUCAGCAGUCAGAGACCACCAAAGAGUGGGUGCUGCGGAGGCUCCGCCUACUGAGGAAGCAGCACUGGUGGUUGGAUGAGCAGAUCAAUCUGCCUACGCCUAUCAAGAAAGUGUUCUGUGAAGCCUGUCAGGAUAAAUCCGGCCUAUACACCAAAGUGUCUGAGAUGCUGCCGAUGAGAGUGGCGUCCUACAUGCUCAUGCCAUACACACUUCCUGUGCAGUCUGCCUACUCUGUAGCUCAGAGGUUUGUGGAGUGGAUCCCAGAGGUGCCCGCUGAUGUGAGCUGGCUGGUCGGGGUGGCAGGAAACGUUUAUCGACAGGUGUGGAAGGGAACACCACCCACUUCAAUGAGUGAACCAUGCCUGAGUAAGUGCUUGAAUGAGCCUCAGCCGAUGGAGUGCGACAAACCAGUGCAGAGAGACACCCCUCCUGCUCUGUCUGCCCUCGACCUGCACGGGAGCUACUGGGAGAUCCCAAAUUCUACCUCCUCUUCCUACUCCCUCUCCCAUCCGCCUCACACCAUCCCCUCCUCUCCCACUCAGGUCUGCUUCUUUGUGGGUCUACAGGACGACCCUCAGAGCCAAGCACAGCAGUGAAACGAUUCAGGAUCAGCACUUUAACCACGAUAGGGCGUGAAAUCUCUCCUUAGGAUGGAGGGAUGGUGAAAAUGGGACCAUUAGUUUAUCUCUGACACUGAACACUCCAGGUAGCACCCAGAGUGAAAUAUUGGAACAAGUGCUCUGGAGAGCAGCGUCACAUUCUGCUCAGAAUCAUGGAUGUGUUUUAUGACCUGUUUUUAAUGUGUGUUGUUUUACAUUUUAACUACAACCUUACCUACCUGUUUGUUUGAAUAUAUUCAUUUACUCUUCAUUUCAUAACAAUUAUUUGAGUAGUGUUUUAUUUUAUUUCCAUAAUUUGCUUUCUGUGUCAUUUUGUCCUUCUGAUUAUUUUUGUUCGUUAUAGAGCUCAAAAUCGUGGUUUCAGAGGUAAAAAUCUCUUUAUUUUUCUCUAUUACAGAUUUGAUUAUUAGCAAUAACAUCAUAACUGUCCAAUUUAGACUUUCCCUGAGCUACCUGAGUGUUAAACAAUGGUUUAUAGUCCUGUAGAAGACAUAAGCUCGCAUUAUAUCAACUUUAUUCUCAGACAAAAAGGGUUAUUUGUCAAUCUUGGGCAAAAGAACUACACUACCCACAAUCCUAGAGUGUCAAAGAGACAUCUGUGGGUGAUGUCUGCUUUUACCCGUUUACCUCUACCUCAAACUUCAGCUGUUUUUUGAUUAAUCAGAAUCAAGUUUUAUUGUCAGGUACAUUUUCAUGUACAAGGAAUUUGACUUGGUGUUUGGUACAAAACAAAUAACAGAAGAAAAAUAAAAAAGUAGGAGGCUAAAAUAAUAUAGAAAUAUAUUAUAUUAUAUAUUAAAUUAAAGUCAGAAUAAGGACUUUUUCCUGCCACAAAUUGAAAAAAUUGUGACUGAAAAAUUAUCUUAAUCUUAGAAACCGGAGGGGGGAAAAAGUCAGAAUUCUGACCUUUUUCCUCAGAUUUCUGACUUUUUUCUCAGAGUUAAAAAAAAACACUUUUUUAAAGUCAAAAGUCUAACUUCAAUCUAAGAAUUCUGAAUUUAAUAUCAAAAUUGGAAAUAAAAAGUUGGAUCGCAAACAAUUUUUUUUUCACAGGCUCUAAUCCUCUUUGUACUCUUUUAAUGAUUUAGUUGCAUAUACAAAUGGCAAUAUAUUACACCAUUAUUAGCAAUUUGAACACUUGAUAACUAUAAAAGUAAAAAAAAAAAAAAUUUUGUAUGUUUGAAAAUUUGAAAAGCAUUGGUAGCAAUGAAGUAAGGGAAUCACAGUGGAUUGUGGGAUGUGUAGUCCCUUCACCCCUGACAAAAUUCUGAAAACAAUCUUGUAUCGUAGUUUUUUUUACUCUGAUCUGAUGCUGUUUUCAUGUCUAAUCAAAUGUUUCAUGGUCAUAAGUGUCUGGAUAGCUGGUCAGCUUGGUUUCAGAAUUAAAAAUAUUGGCAUAUGGAUUUUAUAAAAUGUCAAUGGAAGAUUUGAAUGAGGAAAUUUAUCUUUGGAACCAGAGCUGCUGUUGUCAGUGUUGAGCUUCAUGACAUUUUAUGGUGAUAUUUUACAUUUCUUUUGGGUGGUGCUUUUUUUAUUCCUUUAUUUAGAUGGAAAAAUGGUGGAUAGUGUAGGAAACUUGGAUGACAGAGUGGGGAAUGACAUGUGAAUCUAAGCCACCUGUCUCAAGGACUACAGCCUAUGUUCAUGAGUUCAUGACUAGUCUACCAGACUAUCUAGUGCUUCAUUUGGGCUUUACAUGACUUCAUUUAAGUCGUGUUGUUAGGCCUGGUUUUACCCUCACAAAAGUUCUUAUUAAUUCAAAAUAAAUGUCUUUUUAAUCACAUUUUUCUUGCAUGUAACACAACCUUGCACCUUGUUAUCUUGCACAAUAACAAGAGCCAAUUGUAGGAUUCUUACAGAUAUUUAAAGUCUGUAAUUACCAAGAAAUCCUAAAAAAAAAGUUUUUCACUUUGCACUUUGGGCAAAAAAUUGUGUUUGUGUAAUUAAACACUUAGAUUCAUUUUUAGCCCCCUCUACCACCACUGUAAAUCCAGGCAGUUAUAAAGCCAAAAGUGCCUGUACAAGCGAAGCAGAACCAUUUUGUAUUUUGUGCCAUUCUUCCCUUUUUUCUUGUCCCUUGAUUUUAUUUUCCACCUUAGGAUGAAAAGCACAAUUAACUUAUUGUUUAAAAUCAUGGUAAUGUUUUCCAAUGAUAUGAUAAUGUCUCCACCCAAAGAUUAUGUGUCUGAAUAGGAUUUGAAAAGAACUACUUAAAAAGUUGACGAUUGGUCUUUUUCAUGGCCUGGAUGUAUUUUUGUUACUCUUUGGUAAGCAAGUGUUAAAGAAAAACAGCCAAACAGUAUUGAAUCAUGUAUCUGUAUUAUCUUAUUUUUUAUUUUUCCUGUUUAGUCGAUAGUAGAGGUGUUUGUUUUCAUGUCAUAUAUGAGACAAAUAUAUCAUGUAUGCUGUAAUUUAGGGCUGAUUUCAGGCCCUUUUUGAGAGUUUAAACAUUAAAAACAAGUUAGCUGGAAAAAUAAAAAGUACAGCCAGCCUGUUUUUAUCAACCUUGCAUAUCUAGCUUCAAUAGAAAGCUAGAUACUGCUAACUUCUCUUUGUCUAAAAUCAAGGAUCUUUUGUUUCAGAUUUUAAAUUUUAACUGUCUCAUCUUGGCCUUUUUUAAACUGCUUUAUGUGCCAUUAAGUGAAAAAGAAAAACUUGACAAAUCAUCUACCAACAGUAAACCAAUGGAGGCAAUUUUAUUUAGCAUUUUAAUUUUAAGGGAAGAUGUUAGCCUUUAAUCAAUAGCACUUUUCAAAGUUUUACCUGGUGAACUUUACCUAAAAAUGUUGACUGUGGAUUGUUUUUAUUUCUUUUUAUUUCUGGAUUUGUUUCUGACGAAGUUGCAAGAUUGAAGUCUGUCUCAGUCAACAGAAGUCAUGGCUAAAGCAACAAUUUAAAAUAAUAUGUUUGUAAUCCAAGUGACCUUAAAGCGGACAUGGCGUUAUAAUACUCUUUUACUCCUUUACUAUGCAUAGAGUUAGAAACAGACUUCAGUAUGGCAUGGAACCAGGGGGUUUUAUCAUGUAAACCCUUUUCUUGUCAUUUAUUGCUUGAUUGUAAAAUUGGUGACACACUGUGACUUUCCUUUCAAGAUUAAAUUCUUUUAAAAUGA